AUGACGGGACAGGGAGAUGAGAGCCUACCAGAAACAAAAGCCAUCUUCACGUUUGGAAAAAGCAGUUUUGCUGACAAUGUGCCAAGUAAAUUCUGGUUAAAAAAUGACCAACCAGUGCAAGUGUCCUGUGGAGGAGAGCACUCUGCUGUCAUCACAGAAAAUGGCAGGCUGCUGAUGUUUGGUGACAACACUUGGGGCCAAAUUGGGCUUGGAUUGAAGCCUGCUACCAGCAAACCUAUCUCAGUAAAAGCCUUAAAGUCUGAAAAGGUGAAGCUUGUUGCAUGCGGGAGAGAUCACACAAUUGUCUGCACAGGGCAGGGUAGGCUGUAUGGUGCAGGCAGUAACCAGGAGGGGCAGCUAGGUUUGAACCACUGCAACAGCACUACAUCUUUUCACCCAUUACCUCCCUUCUGUGACCAUGCACCAAUAAAAAUGCUCUCUGCAGGAUGCAACACCUCAGCUGCCUUAACAGACGAGGGGAGGCUGUUCGUGUGGGGGGAAAACUCUGUAGGUCAGAUUGGUUUAGGAGAUGAAGAAUGUACAGCAGAACCCAGAGAGGUGGAUGUCGGGGAGGCUGUGAUGUGGGUCUCCUGCGGGUACCAUCACUCAGCGUUUGUCACAGUAAAUGGAGAUCUCUACACUUUUGGUGAGAGUGAGCAUGGAAGGCUCGGUCUCCAGGAGGAGCAGCUGACCAAUCAUAGACUCCCUCAAAGGGUGCAAGGGAUGCUGGGUCGUGCCACCCAGGUGUCUUGUGGAGGGGAGCACACUGUAGUGCUCACAGAGGAAGGCAUUUACACAUUUGGGAGAGGCCAGUACGGUCAGCUGGGCCACGGAACAUUUUUGUUUGAAGCUGAGUUGCCAAAAGCACUCGAGCACUUUUAUGACAAAAGCAUCAAGCACAUCUCUUGUGGAGAGAACCAUACUGCUGUGAUCACAAAUGAUGGGCUUCUCUACACGUUUGGUGACGGUCGACAUGGAAAACUGGGGUUAGGGGAGGAGAACUUUUUCAACCGGUUCAGCCCGACACCCUGCAAGCGAUUUCUCAAGCACAAUGUUCAGUCAGUGUCUUGCGGUGGUGACCACAUGUUGGUGCUAGCUACACCCAGAUCACCAAGAAGUCAAGAGGAUGUCCCGGUGAAGGAUGUCCCAAAUACAGAGAAUUUCUGGGAGUCAAGAUUCGCAGAAAUUCUCCUUCUGGAGACUCUGAUUGAUCCUAAUGCACUCGUCCCACGUCCAGCCCUCUCUGCACGAGCCCGCCACAGAGAAAAAGGGAGCUCAGUUGAGCUGUUUGGGGAAAUGUUUCAGAACCUCCCACGUCUGAAUUCUGACUUCCUCAACACCUCCUGGCAGACAUCCAGAAAUAUCCCAACUCCUAAAACCCUUUCAACAAAAAGCACCCCUUCUUCAUCCCCAAAACCACAAUCAGUAGCAACACCGAGCCCAAGCCUAGUUUCCCCUCGAGACCCUCAAGUGAUAUCUCAAAUGAAGAUCUCUGGGGGCAUGAUCAUCCUCCAUCGCUGCAAGCAGGUAGCAACUAUUCAAACACAGGAUGGCACAGACGAUGUCUUCGAAAAUAUCCCUGAGAAAGAAGUUGAGCCGGACUUUUGGCCAAAUACGAUAAAGAAGAAGAAGGGACAAGCUCUUAGACGAACCACUAAAGAUGUGGAGGCGUUUAUGAUACAGUCAAAUGGAAAGGCAGAACAAAACUCUCUUAAGGCAUUACCCACAGAGCUCCUGAGAGGCUCCAGCCCCUCAAAGGGAGAUGUGUCUCCUCUGAGUAGCCCCAAGAGUCCAAAAAGCCCCAAAGUCAUAUCCAGAGGAAAGGAGAACAUCUCCAAACGGUCCAACAAGAUAAGAAAUCUUGAAGAUGAACCAGCUCGAAAAGGACCUACUCAAUUUAAAUCCCAAAAACAUAAGGGCAAAGUAUUACAGUCAGCCCAAAGGUCUCCCAAAUCUGUCCAGAAGACACUGACAGAGGCACAGCGAAGACUGGCUGAUGUGAAGGAAAAUGCCAAGAGAAAGAAAACUUUCAAGAAAGAGUCACAAAAAAGUGAGGAAAUUAAAUCACCAGUCUUUGACCAGAUGUCUCCCUCUAUUAGAGUCACAAACGUAAUUGAAAUGUCCAGCUUAUCUGUUCAGAGUGGAAGCCCAGUAUCUGUGAUAAAUGCUCCAAAGGAUGACGCAGAAACCACUGAACCUCAGCCUGUUGAGGUGGAGAUGCAGCAGGAGAGCAGAUCAGUCCAAUCGACUCCAACAGAGGAGAUGCAUAAUGUAAAACCUGAAUUAAAAAAGGAUCAAAGUAAAACUCCACAAGUGAAAAAGCACACCACACCUGUCACUUCACCUGCUCAGUCUAAGAAGCCAAGGAGUGUUAAGUCUACACCUGUUAAAAAAAAAACGCAAGAAGACAAAUCUAAAACAAUCAAAAGACAAAUUAAAUCUGCAGAAAAUACCUCUGAAAGAGAGAGUAAUAGCAAGGAAAAACUUUUUAAUGAGCUAAACUUAGCAAAGAACACUGCUCAAAGGAUAAAAGGCACAAGUACAGAUAAGCAGAAGCUAUCUCAUGUUGACAGCUCUAUAGGUAAGAACAAAAAGAAUGCCAAUGACUCGAAACUGAAAGCAAAAACAAAGCCAGCAAAAGAAGAAAGAGGGGAAAGCCGGGCUCAAAAAGAGGAUGAUGGAGACUCUAAAGAUAAUAAGAGGGGCAAGCCAGGGAGUAAGCAAACUGAAGCUUCCAGCCAGCUGUUAUCACAGCAAGAUACAGCAUCUGAAGUGCAAGGUAAUUCCAUUUCCUCACAAAACACUGAGAGGAAAGAAGGAGCCUCUGUCAGUGGUGCCAAAUCACUGCCAAGCUUUGAACCUGCUGAUAAAGAUGGACAUAUUUCUGAAAUGGACAAUGAGGAAGAAAAGCCAAAGUUAGGGGAAAUCCUGGGUACAGCAGCCGCUUUGCUUCCUGCUGUGGGAUUAGCAGGUGCAGCUAUGGGGGUACUUAGUGAGGCAGUGACAAAUAUAGGGGGCUUUCAAUCUGACAGUGAUACAGUUGAAAGUGUAGAGAAAGAAGUUAAGGCCAGCAUCAAAUCAGAAUCAGGGGAAGCAGGUGAAGAGGAAGACCGGUCGCAAGAAGAGCUGGUUAAAAGUGAUGCUUCAGAGCAGAUAGUUUCACAAAUAGAGGAGACUUCCCAGCAGGAACAGGAAGACAAUAAAUCCUGCAAGUCUUCAGACGAUGAGCAAGAAAAGGAUGAAGAUGCUGAAGUUGAGGAGGGAGCGAGUGGGAACAUUGUGGAAGAUGAAGAAGAAGAGGAAGAAGAAGAAAGUGACAAAGCCUUAGGAGAGGAAAACAAGGGUGUCUCUGAAGAUAGUGAGGGGGAAGAGGAAGCUGGGGAAGAGGGGGAUGAGGAAGCUGCAGAAGAAGAUGAUGAAGAGGAAACGGGCUCUAGCAAGAAGGAUGGGGAUGAAGAAGGUGAUAUGAAGAGUGAUGUCACAGAGGCCGAAGAGGACGAGAGUAAAGAAGAAGCAGGUGAAGGAGAAAGUGACUCUGAGAUGACUGAAGCAGCAAAAGAGGAGGGAGAGGAAGAUGAAGAAGAGAAUGAAGAGGAAGAGGAUGGAAGUGCGGAAAAGGAAGAUGAAAGUGGCGAAGAAUCAGGUAGUGCUGCACAGACAGAAGAGGAGGGAGAGGAAAGUGAGGCUGCAGAGUCUGAUUCUGAAGAAGAAAAAGGUCAUGAGGAAGAGGGAGAGAAUGAGGAUGAAGCAGAGGAAGAGAGUGAGGGUGAGGAAGAAAAAGAUGGUCAAGAUUCCACUGAAAGUGAGGAGGAGAAAGAGGAAGAGGAUGAAGAAUCUGAUAUGAGUACUGAAAAUGAAGAAGAAGAAAGUAAUGCUGAUGAAAAAGGGGAAGACCAGGAUGAAAAGAGUGAUGAAGGAGAGGAGGGGGAUGGUGAGGAAGAAGUGUCUUCAGAUGAGGAAGAAGAGGAUGAGACUGCAGAGGAGGAAGACGAGGGGAGAGAGGAAGAAGAGGAAGGCGAAGAAGCUGAAGGUCAAGAUGAAGAAGGUGAAGAUGAGGAGGAAGAUGAUGAAGAUGAAAGCGAAGAAGAGGAAAAACUUUUAAGAAAAAAGGAAAAAGUCAAUAAAAAAGUUGUAGAAGCCAGCGAUGAUGAGGAUGAGGAAGAAGAGGAGGAAGGGGAUGAGGAUGAGGAAGAAGAGGAGGAAGGGGAUGAGGAGGAGGAGGAAGAAGAGCAUAAAACAAAUGCUGAUGAAGAAGAGCAGGAUGAGGAAGAGGAAGAAGGGGAGGAAGAGGCAGAAGAGGAAGAGGAUAAUAAAGCAAAAAAAGAUGAGGAAGAGGAAGAAGGGGAGGAAGAGGAUAAUAAAGAAGAGGCAGAAGAAUCAGGAGAAGAAGAGGAGAGUGGGGAAGAAGAGGAGGAGGAAGAAGAAGAAGAGGAGGAGGAAGAAGAAGAGGAAAAGGUCAAAUCCCCCAAAACAAAGAAGGGAGUCACACAGAAGUUUACUGCUGCAGACAGGAAAGAGAAACAACAGAAAGGAAAACCAAAACCAGCUCCAAGGACAAAGAAGAAACCAGACGACCAACAGUUCUGGAACAACGUACUGCCACAGUACCUCGACCUACAGUGA